GGACGAAUCUCUACCUAUAAAACAACCCGUCCUGGUCGACAGUGGCACAUAGCGUUUCUCCGUCAUCGUGGUGAGUUACCUUCGAUAACGAGGACAGGACAUCGUAGAGAUCGAAGAGGAAACGAUAGAAGACACUCGAAACGACAUGUCGAGCCAAUCCACUUACGUACUCAUGCUAUUGUCCUUCAUCUUUUUAUCGUGCAGCUUUGCGCAUCCUUUCAUCAGACAGCGCGAAGAUGUGAGACAAGCUUGCGAUGGUUGUGGAUACGAUUGCGAUAAGUGCAAGUAUGGUUACACGAUAUCGGCUCUUUGUGGUGUUCCUGUAUGCAAAAGGGGUCCUGGUGAGAUUUGCGGAGGACCAAGCGAAUCUUGGGGAGUUUGCGGCGACGGAUUGAUCUGCAGUUGUAACAAGUGUAUUGGCUGUAGCGUAGAGGAACUCGAAUGUUAUUCUCAUACUUGCCCACCUCAUCUUAGUUUGGAGACACGUCAUUCCGAUGCAUAUUACCGCUUUCCUACAGCUAAAUAAAGGGCGAGUCGAUCUGGAUUUCGGAGAACGAGAGAGUGUGUAGGAUGAAGAGACAGAAAGCUAGAGAGGGAAAGAGAGAGGGAGGAAGAGAGAGGAUUAAUACAUUCCAACGAUUGAUCUCAUCAUAGUUGAUUAGUUAGAUUUCGUAUAGUUUAAUUGUUUUUAAUAAUUUUGUUGCUUUCUAUCCAAUUGUGUGUCUAUCGGUUUAUUGUCUACGAUUUUUUAAGAAGAGAUGAGAGUUCCAAGAAAAAAAAAGAAAAACGAAGAAAAGAAAGAAAAAGAAAGAACAGAGGAGAAUGGAUAGAAAAAACUACGAUCUCGUUAAAUGAAUUAUUUGUUAUCGAUUACGGCUAGCAGAGCGAUAAGACUCGAAUAGUUUUUAAGGCUUUACUUAAUUUUAUUAUUUUGUCCCACGACAUAUACGAUAAAUAGCAAAUUAUACUUAUCGAUCGGUUUAAGGAUAAAACGCACGCACGCACUCUCAUGCGUCUCUCCGUUCUGCCGAGACUAGCAUAGACCUAUAUAUCUAGUUAUAUUAAAAGUAUUAAAUCAAUCGUAACUGGCUGUGAGUUGCAUUUCUUAUCGGAACAGACGCGAGUCAUCGCCUUGACCUGAUUUUUAUGUUACGAACAUUUCGUAGUUUCUCGCGAAAUGUUCGAAGGGCGAGGUUUACCGCGAUUCGAGUUGACGAUGAGAAAUCAUGUUCUUUUCACGGAACGUACCAAUAUGUGCAUUUGUAACAUUUUUAUUUUAUUUAAGUACAAUUAACGUAGUUAGGCUAUUUUUAAUUUUUCGUUUUUGGCUAAAUAAAUAUUUAUUUGCUCAAAAUAACAAGAUUAUUUAUGUGAUCUAUUAUAAGAAUAAUCGUGAAAUAAAAGUACCAUUUUUCUUUUCUCUUGA